CCCACUACUACUGUGUGUGUGCCCCCUUCCUUCUUCGGGUCUCAGGUGGCUAACCCGGCCGCCAACUUGAGUCUUGCCCUCUCCUUUCCAUAUAACUUUUAGUCGAGUCGUAGUAGGUCUAGCGUCUAUCUACCUGGGCUCCUGUUCCGCUUGGCAUUUAUUGCAACCCUCAUUACGCAUCGCGGGGUGCCAUUGUCAACCCCCCCCCGAUUGUUGUGGUGCACCUGUAUUUUGCAAAGUGCUAUUGGCAUGUGAUUAGUGCUGGUUUUGUGAACUGAACUGACUUUGUUGUUGUUUUGUUUUGUGCCGCAAUCAUGGGAUUGGACGAUUUGGAAUCCAGAUAACUUGAUUCAGAAACGAAACAGAUCAAAAUGCCCGAAACCGCAACUUCGACCCCUUCGGAGGACCGACCCUUAUCCCUGUCUAGACGCGACUUCCCCCUACCAUCUCCUGGUAGUAGCAACAGGUCAUCUUCCGGCAGUCGCUAUGAGGGUCAGAUCCCCUACCACCACCAAGUGCCUUUGCCGUCGGCAAUGAGCCACCACAGGGAGAGUUCCGCAUUUGUGCCAGUUGUCCCUUCACGCAAUAUGCACCCUAUGCUCUAUCCGGGCGAGAUCCACCCCUUGUUGGGGUCCGAGUUGAUCCGCGAAAACCGCGAGAGAACCGACAGUAACAAAUCCGGAGAGUCAAACGCGAAUCCCGCGUUUUCCGCCGUGCGAAAGUCCUCUUCCUCCAGCUUCGACCUCAUGGCGAUGAUGGCCGACAAGCGCAAAGAGCUGCAGCUUCGCGAGGAGGCAGCAUGCGUGGCGGCAGCGCACGCCGCGGCGCUGAUGCUGCCCCAUCGACCGGGGCCGCCCCCUGGAAUGCUGGAAGCUUCAGGGAGUACACAAGCCCACUCGUACUCCGGAUUUUUACCUUCUUCACCCGCCAAUCCCGCUACGUUUACGUUUCCGGGCAGCGGGGCUCUGUAUCCGCCGCCUCAGAUGCACGCGCACUUGGACAGGAGACUGCUUAGGGCCCCCGGUAGGGCUUCUAGGCCGAAGAAGCAGUUUAUCUGUAAGUUUUGUAAUAGACAGUUUACCAAGAGUUACAAUUUGUUGAUCCACGAGCGUACCCAUACCGACGAAAGGCCGUACUCUUGUGAUAUCUGCGGGAAGGCGUUCAGAAGGCAGGACCACUUGCGGGAUCACAGAUACAUCCAUAGUAAGGAGAAACCCUUCAAAUGUGCAGAAUGCGGAAAGGGCUUCUGCCAGUCUCGUACCCUUGCCGUCCACAAAAUUCUCCACAUGGAAGAAUCACCUCACAAGUGCCCCGUGUGCAGUCGCUCCUUCAACCAGCGUUCAAACCUGAAGACACAUCUUCUCACCCACACCGACCACAAACCUUACGAAUGCAACUCUUGCGGUAAGGUUUUCAGACGGAACUGCGACCUCAGGCGGCACGCCUUAACCCAUGCUGUUGGCGACGUCCCAGCUGAUGGUCUGGGAGACGGAUUCAUACCUGGAAGUGACAUGGAACGAGAGAGGAUGUCACCUAGGCCAAGAAGUCCCUCUGUCGAUUCCAGGGACGACAGAGACGUUCGAGUUUGCUCGCCUGCUCCAGGAAUAACUCAAUGCCACGAACCUUGUUCUUCGUCUAGCCCGUACACUAUGAGACCUCCUCUUGACAGGCACGAUUAUCGUCACGACAUAGACGAUGAAGAGGAUUUAGAGGAAGAUCCAGAGAUCGAUCCGGGUCAGGAAGAUUGCCCCGACGUUGUAAAUGAUUCAGAAGAAGUAGCUCCUGAACCACAACCGGUUCAGAUGCCUCAGCUCCAGAUAAGAAGAGACUUACAUCCUCCACAUCAACAAAAACCAUUUAUCGUUAAAAGCGAAAGCGUGGAACCGACCUUUUUGGGACCUUUCCGUAAACGAGCGUUGGACCAAGAACGACCCUCAUCGUCGUAUAAUACAGGUAGAUCUCAUACGCCACCGAUGAACUUAAGGAUGUACCAUCCCCCGACAACUAUGCCGCCGCAGAACUUGAGUAUGAGCCACACGUUAUCUAUAGGUCCAGGGACGUUUUUAAAGCCACCUGAUACUGGUACGUCCAUGAUUUUUGGUCCUGCUAUUCCUGGACCUUCUAAGGCUGGAACCAGUUGUAGCAAUGUAGCUAGUGAUUUGAGUAUGAAGAAGAACGAAGAGCAACCAGUGAGACCGCCGCCACAACCGCCAAGGCCACCUAAGAAGACUGGAUUUACUAUAGCGGAUAUUAUGGGGAGAUAAUACCGUGAAUGCUCGGUGAUAGUGUAUUUGUGUGAAGGAACUACGAGUACUGUAACUAUUACCAAUGUUACUAAAAAUGUUUCCUGAUGUGUCUAAAAUAUUUAUUUUUUAUGGCAAGUUGCGCUGUGUUAAAACGUUUGAUACAAGGAUGAAAACUGGUGCUUGCUGUUGUGUAAUUGGUUAAAAUGUGUGUAUUUAAUUAAUGUUACUUAUUUUAUUGCAUAAGUAUUUAAAGUCUACUUUUGAACUGAAGAGAGACAGUAAUAAUGUACUGGCAUUGUCAUAUUAUUUUAAAUUACCAAUAUUUUUAAUAUAUUCCUCAUUUUGAUCAAAACAGAUUAAGGCUGUGUUCAGCGAAUGGUCGGAUUAGUUCGGUCAAACUUCUUUAGUCAAACAAUUCGCUGAACGGCCUUUAGUAACUGUAUUAAAACCUGCCCAAUAUUCCCAAUCAGCAGAUUGGGCUGACCAACGAAAUAUUUGUCCGCUGAACGACUUUGACCGGUCCGACCAAUCGCUGAACACAGCAAGUUUAUUUAAUUUUGGCAAAGUAUUGAGUUUUUUAUUUCAUGUACUACUUAGAGUUGUACUAAAUAGUAUAAGUUAAACUGAUUGGGUUAUAUUUCGGCUGAUUUUUUAUUAUUUUUUUCAAUAGAUAAUAAGUGAUACUGUAAAUUAGCAAACGCAUUCGAUCAUGCUUUUAUAUUGAUCAUGAUCGAUCAAUACAAUUUUUUUUAAGUUUAUUCAAUUUAACUUACGAAACGUGAAGAUGUUAUACUGACUUACCUUAACUGAAUCCCUAAAGAAUUUUUGGUUUCUGUUAUUCGUUAAAAGUUAAAACUUUAUUACUUUAAUCUUGUUUUUGCAUUUUUUAUAGAUUCUCUUAAUCUAAAUUUGUAACAAAAAUUUGUUUGUAAAAUUAAAUGUAAUCCCUAAUUUAAAAAUUUAUAUUACGCAAUGUACGUUAACGUAAAGACCAGUGUAGUGUCUAAAUAUUUUUGGAAUAUCAAAUAUUUCUUCACUCCAGUGAGCAAAAAUGAAUUUGUUGUUAAAAGUUGGUUUCAAUACUGUCAAUGUAAAUACACUCUGUUUUUGACAGCUCAGGUUUGCUUUUGUUGCGUCAAAAGAGAGAAAAUAUAACGAAAACGAUUAUUGUUACCUUCAAAUUUGUAACUUUAUUUUCUCUGUUUUUGUUUAUAAUAUUUUUUUUGUAUAGUUAUCAUAAUAUUCCUUCUGUAAAUAUUUUUAUUAUUUUUUCUUUGUAAAGUAGUAAUUUGUACAAACAAUGGAGGGACCUUUUUCUCGCAAUUUUAUUAGUAUAGUUAAUUUGAGAUUUAAUUAUAGUUAAAUAUUUAAGGUUUAUGUUUGUUUCAUGUUAAAUAAAUUAUUGGUAUGAAUUUGUGUGAGUAUUUAUCUUAUAUAAAGAAAUGAUGGUACAAAAACUAAAAUAUAAAUGUUAUUUUUAGUUUUCAUAAUUUAUUUCUUUAGUCUAAGGAAAUGAUACUGUACACGAUAUAUACGUAAAAUUCCGUACUUUAGAAGUUCUCUUUGAUUUGGGGGUUGUGCCAAAUUUUAUGAAAAGUUUAGGAUAAGCGUGAUCUCAUAAUUGUUGAUAUCGAAGAUGCCUUAACUCUUUUUGGACAACAAUAUGGAAAAUUAUAUUUUACUAGAACGUAUUUAGAUGUUGCCUAAAGGAUAAGCUUACAAGAUUGUAGUUUAUGUGAUUGAGUAAUGUAAAUAAACAAUA